GCGGAGGCUUGUUCUUGCUCUCGUUCGCGGCCAUGGCGCUGCAGCCGGAGGAGCCCCGGGCGCCCCUGCCCUUUCCGGGCCUGGAAGAGGAGGCAGAGGCCGGGAGGGAGCCGCCAGCAGCAGCCCAGGAGGAGGAGGAGGAGUCUCCCGCUGGGCUCCCUGCUCCCCUUCUUUUCCCUGAUGGGAGCAAAGAGAGUGAUGGCAGUGAAUAUGGCAGCUGCAGUGAUGGCAGGAGUCAGGACAAGCCAGGGACUGCUUUGCAGAGAUUCGCACUGGAAAACAACGCUCUCUUUCCAGAUACGUUCCAGACAAGUAACCUCCUUUUCUAUGAGCGGUUCAAAGCCUACCAGGACUACAUGCUGGCUGACUGUAAAGCCUCAGAAGUGAAAGAGUUCACCGCAGAGUACUUGGAGAAGGUCCUGGAACCAUCCGGAUGGCAAGCAGUGUGGCGCACCAAUGUGUUUGAGGUGCUAGUUGAGGUUGUCGAUGUGGAGUACUCUGCUCUCAAAGCUGUAGUGCGCCUCUGUGAGCCAUUCCUGUGUGAGACCCGCGAAUGUGCCUUUACCCUGGAGCGCAUGCAAGAGCUGCUUGAACUGAAGGAGCAUCAGCUGCCAUUGCAGGAGUUGUGGGUUGUGUUUGACGAAUCGGGGGAGUUUGAUCAGACCGCGCUUGCUAUUGAGCACAUCAGGUUUUUUUACAAGCACAUUUGGCGGAGCUGGGAUGAAGAGGAUGACGAUGACUUUGAUUACUUUGUCAGAUGUGUGGAGCCUCGGCUGAGACUAUAUUACGACAUCAUUGAAGACCGUGUCCCAUCUGCUCUGGUUGCUGAGUACCAGAGCCGUCUUUCGCAGUGUGAAGAGCUCUAUCGGAGUUUCCUAGACUUCAGGAACAGCAUCUCGGGAGCUGAUUCUGACUCUGAAGCAGAAAAUGUCUUUGUGGUGGAAGGGAUGAAACUCUAUGAAAGGAUUGAGAAUCUGAAACAAAAGCUGAAGCUCAUCGAAAAUCCUCUGUUGAGGUACGUGUUUGCUUAUCAAAAACACGCCCGCCUCCAAGCAAAAGGUGUGCGUCCGUCUGACACCACAGUUACUCACGUUGUGUCUUCUGCUAUGAUGUCAAGCCUUUUGGAGUGCCUCUUUCGGGACAAACUUUCCCCGGAGUCUUUUAAUGGAGAAAUAGAAAUCCAGUUCCACCGUGACCCACUGUCUGCUGUUCAUGCUUGCUACGAAGGGGAUAGAAUCAUCAUUUGUCCAGGGCAUUAUACAGUUGAAGGUGCAUUACACAUUGCAGACUCUAUUGAAAUUGAAGGAUAUGGUUUUCCAGAUGACAUAGUAAUAGAAGAACGAGGGAAGGCCGAUGUUUUUGUGGAGUGUACGGGCGCCAAUGUGAAAAUCUCCAGCUUGAAGCUUGUCCAGCAUGAUGCGGUGGAAGGUAUCUUGAGUGUUCACCAAGGGAAAACUAUGCUAGAGAACUGUGUCUUACAGUGUGAAACCACUGGAGUUGCUGUCCGAACAUCAGCUGAGUUUUUAAUGAAAAACUCAGACUUGUAUGGUGCAAAGGGUGCUGGUAUUGAAAUCUACCCAGGAGGUACGUGUACCUUGACAGGAAAUGGCAUCCACCAUUGCAAAGAGGGAAUUCUCAUAAAAGACUUUUUAGAUGAGAACUAUGACAUUCCCAAGAUAACAAUGGUGAACAAUGUAAUCCACAACAAUGAAGGGUAUGGUGUCGUCUUGGUGAAACCUGCAGUCACUUUGGAUGUGAAAGAGAAUCCUUUAGAAAGUGUGGAAGAACAAAGGAAGAAUGGCCAGUCUGCUGCUGAUGUCAAUGUGGGGUGUGAAGACCUACACAAACAGGCUAGUGGUGAAUUGGACCCCUGUAGAAGAAUGGAUGCUUCUGAGCCCCUGGAAGACAAUUCAGAAAUUGCCAAUGAACUUUCUGUUGCAUCACUCAAGAAGAGCCAGCUGAAUAAAAAAAGGCUGAGCAACUUAGGGAUCACAGAGGCAGAUGAUGAUCUCAUGUCUCAAGAAAUGUUUGUGUCCAUUGUGGGAAACCAGUUUAAAUGGAAUGGAAAAGGGACCUUUGGAACAUUUCUUUAUUGACUUUUCAGAAUGGCAUUAGAAUAACACCUGUUGGCUGACUUGUUCCAGAGUAGGUGAAGCUUGCCUUUUGGAUUUGGUUACAUUUCUUGCUUCAGUGUGAUUUUGGCAUAUUCUUUUUAGCAAUGUGUGUACAUCGUGCAAACAAAAUACAGAUUCCUUACAGCAAAUUUUGAACCUAGGACUUGAGAGCAAAAAUGACUCCGGUGAGUUUUGAACAGCUGAGCUUAUUUCCUACUAUACAUAAGUAUGUAUAUAUAUAUAUAUAUAUAUCACUAUUUUUACUACAGUAUUUAACUCUAAUAUAAGUCACCCCUUUUUAAUUUUUUU